CCCCACACACACGCCGGCCCGGACCCGGGCUCCGAUCGCGCGGCAGAGGGGGAAACCCGUGGAGGCGGCGCCACUGCGCGUGCGCGGGACGAGCCCCACCCGCGACCACGUGGCCGGGCGCUAGCAGGGGUUCAGGCUCCAGCAUGGCCUCUCGGCGCAUCACCCAGGAGACAUUUGACGCUGCGGUUCGGGAGAACCUGGAGGAGUUUGGCCUGGAGCCCGCUGACGCACUGCAAGAGGCCGUGGAGCAGUUUGAGUCUCAGGGAGUGGACCUGAGCAAUAUCGUCAAGAAGGCGCCCACAGUGUCCAGCGAGGGGCCCCAGGAGCCCCAACACGAGAUCUUGCAGAUCCUGGUGGCUCUGGAAGAGGCAGUGGCCCAGGCGCGGCCCGCAGAAGUGGCAGCGCAGCUCACGGCCUUCUGGGAGCAGUGCCAGCGGGACCGGGCCUGCCGCUUCCUGGCAGCGCAGAAGGGUGCCUACCCGGCCCUGUUGGCCACCUGGAAGCUGGUGUCCGCCGGCGCCCCGGACCUCCAGCUGCCGGUGCUGCAGGCCCUGGCGGCCCUGGUGGACGGGCAGCCCGACCUGCUGGAUGCUCAGGGCCUGCAGCUGCUGGUGCGCACGCUGGCGGGCCUGGCCGAGGCCGAGACGGAGACCGAGCUGCCCGCGCUGACCGGCGCCGCCCUGCGCUGCGUGCGCCUGGCCUGCGUGCAGCAUGAGCACAACCGGCGGGCGCUGGUGGAGGCGGGCGCGCUGCCGCUGCUCACUGGCGCCCUGGCCCGCCACAGCAGCCCCGCGGGGGCCGCUGUGGUGCGGGAGGCGUGCGGGGCGCUGCACAGCAUCACCUGCGACGACGACGUGCGCGUGCCCUACGGCCUGGCCUGCGACCACACUCGGAAGAUCGUGGAGGAGCACGCGGGGCUGAAGGUGCUGGUGCAGGCCCUGCAAGCUUUCCCCAACAACCUGGACCUCCAGAGCAAGCUGUGCAGCACCCUGGCCCACCUGACCACCCGCAACAAUUACUGCCAAGAGGUGUUGGACCUGGGGGGCCUCACACUGCUGGGGACCCUGCUGGCCACCUGUGGUGACCACCAGGACCUGGCGAGACAGGUGCUGAGCGCACUGCGCGCCAUGGCGUGUAAUGAUGCCGUGAAGGACGCCAUCGUGCGCGCUGGGGGAACCGAGACCAUCGUGGCCACCAUGACACGCCACCUGACCUCACCCCAGGUCUGUGAGCGGAGCUGCGCGGCCCUGAGCGUCCUGGCCUUGCGCAGGCCGGAGCACUGCCGCAUCAUCAUGGAGUGCGGUGGGGUCCAGGCGGCCGUGCAGGCCAUGAAGGUGCACCCGCAGGAGGUCAGCGUGCAGAAGCAGGCCUGCGUACUGAUCCGCAAUCUGACUUCCCGCAGCCCGGACCUGGCGAAGCCCAUCCUGGAGCUGGGUGCCGAGGAGCUCAUCACGCAGGCCAGCACCACGCACCCCGACUGUGGGGAUGUGGCCAAGGCUGCCCUGCGGGAUCUGGGCUGCCACGUGGAGCUGCUAGAGCUGUGGACGGGGGAGAAGGGGCAGCUGAAGCCGUGACUGCAGCUGGGUGUGUCUGGGGGAACCCCGAGACUGUGCUGGUGCACCCUGAGAGCAGCUAGCCCCAGCCCCAGCCGGCUGCUGCCUUUGCACUACCUUGAACAGGCAGCCUGGCUGGGCUGGCAGGCAGGGACCAAGGUGGGCGGAGCGGGGUUGUGGCGGGUGGGGUGGCAAUAAAGGCAGAUGAACACA